AUGCUCUCCGCGAAGAUCCCAUCGACGAUUCUGAUCGAGAUGAAAGCAGUUGCCGAGGCGUCCAUCUCCGUGCCCCACGUCGCCGAGGCGGCAUUCAGCAUGGAAUGCACCGUCGAGCACUGGUACGACCUCAAGAACGAUGCCGGCCAGACCAACUACACUGUCAUCUUGGGCCGCGUGCGGCGAUUCCAGGCGAAGGACUUCAUCUUCGACCCAGUGGACACGAUGCGCAUCCUGCCAGAAAGGCUCAAGGCCGUGUCGCGCAUGGGCGGGAUCUCGUAUGGCCGUACUCUGCAAAUGGUCGAACUCCCCCGCCUGGCGUGGAGCAAUGUCAAGGACCAGGACGAGGUCAAGGCCGCGCUGGACAAGACGCCGUCGCCGCCCAAGCUCUAG